CACUGCGCAUUCGUCGAAUCUUACGGGAGUGAGUUUACUCCGCUUAUGUCAAGAAAAACUAUUAUCAGCGAUUGAACUGGUACUCAUGUAUCUACGAUGUAAAGGUGAACCGAAUAUCGCGGUACUUACGUGUCUCUCUAGUUUCCAGAAAUGUUACAAAAUUAAAAACACCAGUUCGGAUUACAAGGUAAAACGAUGAAGACUAUAUUAGUUCCGGUGGUACUACUAAUUUUAGCGAUAACUCACAUUGGGAACAGUGCAAAAAUUCUGGGCCUGUUUACGGCCCCGGCACGCAGUCACUACAUCCUUGGAAGUGCUCUUAUGAAAGGUUUGGCGGAAAAGGGACACGAUGUGACCGUGAUCAGUGCCUAUGGUGAGAAACAACCACCAAAGGGUAAAGGAACGUACCGCGAUAUAGUGGUUACGGAAAUUCAAAAUAGCAUACAAGAAAUGUUAAAGAACGAAAAAAUGAGCAUGGUGGACCGUGAAAACCUGAACCCUUUCUUUGCCGCCCUUUUCGUCGGACACGUAGUACCGAAAUUAAUGGAACCGGUUCUGAGCAAUGAAGGUGUUCAACAACUUAUUCACUCUAAGGAAAAGUUUGACGUUGUAAUAAUCGAACAGUUUUUGAAUGAUGCACAAAAAGCGUUAGCUACCCAUUUCGGCGCACCUUUAGUACUACUAAGUACCGUCGGGGCCAACUUUUGGAUCAAUUCUCUAGUGGGUAAUCCAGGACCGACGUCAUACAUUCCUGCUUUGAGUCUAGGUUAUACGGUACCCAUGACGUUUCGGCAACGACUUUCAAACACCCUUUUAACACUACUCAACGAAGUGUAUUAUCCUUUGUAUGUACACCCCAACGAGAACGCCAAAAUCAAAAAAUACAUUCCGAACGGGCCAGAUAUUUCCGACGUACUUUACAACGUCUCGCUUGUCUUGAUGAAUUCUCACCCAAGUACCAACCAACCGGUGCCGUACGUCCCUAACAUGAUCGACAUUGCCGGCUUUCAUAUCAAACCACCCAAGAAACUACCGCAAGACUUGCAGGAAUUUUUAGACAGCGCGAAAGACGGGGUCAUUUACUUCAGCAUGGGUUCAAAUCUAAAAAGUGCGGACUUCCUUCCAGAGAAGCGAGACGCAGUACUGAAAACGUUCUCGACUUUGAAGGAAAAAAUUUUGUGGAAAUGGGAAGACGAUGUUUUACCGGGACAACCGAAGAACGUCAAGCUUUCGAAAUGGUUGCCCCAACAGGACAUUCUUGCGCACCUAAACGUCAAACUUUUUAUCACUCAUGGGGGUUUUCUGAGUACUGCCGAGACUAUCUACCACGGGGUGCCAGUUUUGGCAAUACCUAUCUUUGGUGACCAAAAGCUGAAUGCCAAAAGCGCAGUGAGGAACGGUUUCGGGAUUGCGUUGCCGUACAGCGAGCUGACUGAAGAAACCUUUGCUAAGAGUGUUCACGAAAUUUUGACUAACCCGAAAUAUAAAACUAAUGCGAAAAAGAGGUCUGAGCUUUUCCAUGAUCGUCUGGUGGGUCCAAUGGAUACCGCAAUGUACUGGAUCGAGUAUGUGAUUCGUCAUAAAGGAGCACCACACUUGAGAGUCGCAGCUGUUGAUCUACCAUGGUACAAAUAUCACUUGCUAGAUGUGAUAGGGUUUUUGGUUUUAGUUAGUUUGGGUUUGGUGCUGGUGUCGUAUUAUGUGGUUAAAAUAGUCUGCAGAAAAUUAUGUUCAAAGCAAAAAAUCAAAAAGGUCAAAAAACACUAAACUUGUACACCUAUGUGUAUCUAGAAUUUGAAAUGAAAAGUCAUUCUGAUAAUAAAUUGUGAUGCAAU